ACAUUGAUAAACGUAUUUUAUCAAAAAAUAAACUUCGAAGAAACAAAUGUGAUGAUAAAUAUUGAAUUUAUAUUCUGAUUUGUCUUAAAAUUAUUCAGUUUGGUUUUGUGCUUUGUCUCCUUAACAAUAAUCAUGAGAUUAUUAGAAGUGAAACGUAAUGAAUUGACGGAGUUGAUUGAUCCGUCGCAGAUUUAUCGACCGGAAGCGAAGUUUGCGGAUAAACCACUCGACAAUUUCCGGGAUUAUUCCAUAGACGAAAACGAUCCGAUUAAGGAACGUGUGCGACGCACCUAUGAAUUGAUGCAUACACAUCAGACUGUUGAUUUUGUUAAAGAAAAACGUGCUUUGUGGUUGAAAUUUGAUCAUUAUCAAGCGACUGUUAAGGAAGCUUUGAUUAAGCUAAAUGACUUAGUGGAUGAGAGUGACCCGGAUGUGGAUAUGCCUAAUAUUGUGCAUGCUUUCCAAACUGCGGAGAAAAUAAGAGAAGAUUAUCCGGACAUGGAUUGGUUUCAUUUGACUGGGUUGAUUCAUGAUUUAGGAAAGGUUAUGGCUUUCCAUGAUGAACCGCAAUGGGCUGUCGUAGGUGACACUUUUGUCGUUGGUUGUCAAUUUGCUGAUAGUAUCGUGUAUAGAGAUACUAGUUUUCGGAAUAAUCCUGAUGGAACUAAUCCGAGAUACAAUACCAAAUUAGGAAUGUAUAAGGAAAACUGUGGUUUGGAAAAUGUUUUGUUAUCAUGGGGUCACGACGAGUACUUGUAUCAUAUGUUGAAGCAUAACAAGUCAACUCUACCAAAGGAAGCGCUGGCUAUGAUAAGAUUUCAUAGUUUUUAUCCGUGGCACACUGGCGGUGAUUAUCAACAUUUGACUAAUGAAAAGGAUGAGGAGAUGAAGGAAUGGGUGCUUAAGUUUAACAAAUAUGAUUUGUACACUAAAAGUACAAAAAUACCAGACAUUGAAGCACUUUGGCCAUACUAUGAAAGCCUGAUCGAGAAAUAUAUUCCAGGAGAAUUAUCCUGGUGAAGGUUAAACAAACGUUGUCAUUGAUUUAGUUAUUUUUGUUUUGAUUUCUUGUUGUCUUUGGCUAAUAUAAUAUCCUAUAGAUGUACUUUGAUAGCAUCGUAAUGAUACAAAAUAACAGAAAUGUCACGACAAUUUUGUCCACGUAAUACAUCCUAAAAAUAAAAAUGAAAAACAUAAAAUAAAAAUAUUUUUAUAAAAAAAUUAAAAGUUGAUAUUUUGAUAGUAAAUAAUUUUUGUUAAUUUUUUCAGAAUAAAAAUAAAAUAAUCAAUGAAGAUUAUUAUUAA